CACGAUUUUGGUAUUGUCAUAUUGGAUAUAUUGUACUGCUACGAGGAGAACUCUGGAGUCUACGAAUGCAGAGCUUUCAACAAGUACGGAGAAGAUACCACUAAAGCAACCUUGAAGUGCUUCUCCAAAGCGAGUCUUAUUUUGGAGUCCCAGCUUCCUAAGGGAAUGGAAGGUGGAUUGGAGAAGAUCCAGACA